CCGACACCUGAGUACCUGACACACAGCGGCGAAACGCCGAAACCGCGUCAAGUUCCCCUUCUUCGAUCCCCCAAUCGCCGUAACCCUAGACUCGCCACCGCCGCCGCGAUGCUCCGCUCGCCGGGCAAUUCGCCCCGCCUCCUCUCACCGUCGCCCACACCCGCGCCCUCCACCCCUCGCCCGGCCUCCCCGCCCCCCUCCAACGCCCCCUCCUCGAAGCGUCGCCGGUCGGAGGUGCUCGACGAGGACACCUACGUCGCCGCCAUCGAGCGCAUCAUCGAGCGCGACUACUUCCCCGACCUGCCCCGCCUCCGGGACCGCCUCGACUGGCUGCAGGCCGUGCGGUCCCACGACCCGCUCAUCCUACGCGACGCGCAGCUCAAGAUCCUAGACCGCCGCCGCCGCGCCCAGCGCCACGCGGCGGGGCCCGUCCCCACGCCGACGCCGGCCACCUCCACCGCGCUCCGCUCCCCGUCCUUUCUCACCACCCCCGCCGGAUCCGUCGCCGGCGGCGUGAGAGGUCCCGACGCCGACCACGACGACGACGUCGCGGCCGCGCUCUCCCUGGACGGCUUCUUCCACCGCUUCACCAGCGAGGACAACGACUCCUUCUCGCGCAUCCUAGACAAGGUGAACCAGCGCCGCCGCGAACGCUACGCGCACCUGCUGGAGCCGCCGCCGCCUGUCGAGGCGGGGACUAAACCGUCAGAGGACGCCAAGCGCAACAGGAUCACGGACGGGUACGGUACAUCGGGGCAGCCACCGAGCACGCUCGAGGGCGCCAAGUUCACGGCAAAGAACUUGCUGAUGUACUAUCCGGCUGACCAGGGGGAAGCGCCCCUCACGGAGGAGGAGCGCGCAGAGCGGCUCAGGGGAAUGACCAAGGAGAUAGACAAGUCGAACACCAGGCUACAUGGCAGAGCCACGGCUGAUGACGCUAGGCCCAAGGAGGAGGAGGGGGCCGCCAUACUGUACGCGCUAGUUGCAGGCUCUACUCCGGGAGGGAUGGCCUACCACGACCCUGACAAGUUGAAGAAGUACGAUCUGGAGGACCUGAGGAAGACCCCGAACCCUUUCUACCUCGAGUCGGACAAGAAGGCUGGCAACGGGUACAGUUUUGUGAGGACACCGUCGCCGGCACCCGGCGUGGACGAGUCGCCGUUCAUGACGUGGGGUGAGAUCGACGGAACGCCGCUGAGGCUGGACCCCGACGAGACGCCGGGCGGCAGCGAGAGAGCGCAUUUCAAGAUGCCACCACCUCCUGCUCGCGACGUCAAGGCGCACUUGCUUUCGAGGGAUGCCGCCCGGAAAAUAAAGGAGCGGUCUAAGCCCUUCCAUAGGCCGCCCCUACCCUCCCCUGCGAGGGGUGUCAGCGCGAGCCCUAGAACCCUUUCGCCAGCCGCGCAAAAAUUCGUGAGGAACGCCAUCUCCAAGUCGUCAAAGUCCUCCAGCGCCAUUGACGAAUCUCUCCGUGCAAGCUACAGAGGCUCGACCCCGUCUGCGAGCACUCCCAAGUCAAGGUUUUCAAGAGACCCUGGCCUCGCAUCGCGUUCUCCAUCCACAAGGCAGGGUUCCACCCCUCCCUGGUGAGUGUUGGUGAGUGUUAGUAAACCUCUUAAUGUUAUUUCAUAAAAUGGGUAGGUGGCCCAUCCUGUACUGUAACAAAUUGUAUAAUGAUGGAAGAUAGUAAAUGAUGAAGUGAUGCUUAUUUUUCUAUUA